AUGAUAAAUAUAUUGCCAUAUGUGGUAUUCUUCCUCAAAAUUUCACUUCUUUUUACAUGUAUUCAUUUGAAAAAUAUAUUUCCUUUUGUUUUUUCGAGUUUUUCGUUUUUUCUUUUUGUUUAUCUGUGUUCCUUCCUCCUGUAUAUCAUAGUGUCAUAUCGUAACCCAGGAUAUGUUACCACGUGCCCAACAAACUACAUAGAGAAGGAUAAUGCCAUACAAUCGAAAAAUAUGAUUAAAGAAAAAAAAUAUAAUGAUACAAAAGAUUAUCAUAAUAAUAAUAAUAAAUUAACAUAUGACACAUACAAUGAGUUAUCAUAUUUCUCAACGAACGAUAGUGGAACGUCUUGUAGUUUUUUUUCAUCAACAACAUCUGAAUGUUCCACUGACGAGCUUCUAAGCUUAACAAUUUUACACCAUAAAAAGAAAAAUACAAUAAUAACAGAAAAAUGUAUGAGAAAAAAAAAAAUAUAUAACCAAGACUCUUACAUUGAUCAAGAUUAUAUUAUGAGAACUGACAAACAAAAGGAAAAACCUAAUAAAGUGAAAAGAAAAUAUAAAUAUUAUAAAUAUUAUAAAUAUAAAAGAAAUGAUCAGCUUUAUAACAGUUGUAAUUUUUUUUUUUUGAAUGAAAAAGAUAUAAAGUGUUCAUUAAAUGAGGACAAAGAUAUAGACACACAAAAUGUAGAUAGAAAUAUAAAAGAUAUGAACGAUAUAGAAGAUAUAAAAAAUAUUAAAAAACUUAAUAUGUUCAAAAUAAAUAUAACAAAAAAUAAUAUUUUUUUAUUUUAUAAAAAAAAAGUUUCCUAUUACAAACCUUUAUGCUUAAGAAACAUAAAUAAUAUUUUAAAUUAUUCCAAUAUAAAAUUAAAUAAAAUAAAUAAGCAUGAUAUUAUAUUUUAUAAAAAUAUAAAAACAAAAGAAAACAACAAGAAUAAUCACAUUUUUUAUUUAUAUCGUAAUAAGUUAUAUCAAUAUAAUAUACCACUACCUUAUUGUGAAAUAUGUCAAGUAUAUCAG